AUGAAUAUUAUACAAUCCACGAUAUCGACUUGGCGAGACCGUCUGGCCCCGGUAUCUCGUACCUCUACAUUUCGAAAUACGGGUCAAAUUACCCCCGAGGAGUUCGUUCUUGCGGGAGACUAUCUCGUUUACAAGUUCCCGACAUGGUCUUGGGCUGAUGCCUCCAGUCCCGCAAAGCGGGUUGCAUAUCUACCUGCAGGCAAACAGUUUCUCGUUACUCGAGGAGUUCCUUGUCACAGGCGGCUAAACGAUAACUUUGCCGGCGACGCGGGCCACGAAGAUGAAGUCGUUCGCGAUAUGCUCUCUGGCGAAGGAGCUGAGGGACCCUCGGGUGAAGAUGGCGAUGAUGGUUGGCUUCGAACAGGUGGCGGUCGUGACGUUGUUGAGGCCCAAGAUCAGCAGGAGGCGCGAAUCCGCGAUGUUCGAACUGUUGAUGAGUCUGGAAACCUCGGUGAGCAGGAAGAUGAGGAGGAGAUCCCGGACAUGGAGGACGAUGACGACGACGAGGAGGCUAUUAUUCGAGAGCCCGCGGGGCAGCCGGGUACCACCCAGCCCCUACGAACAUAUACACUCUACAUCACAUACUCGAACUUCUACCGCACACCCCGUCUCUACUUAUCUGGCUACUUGUCCCCUUCAGAGCCACUCCCUCCACACCUCAUGAUGGAGGAUAUUGUCGGAGACUACAAAGACAAGACAGUGACACUAGAAGACUUCCCAUGGUUCGACGGGAGCGUUAAGAUGGCCACGGUACAUCCAUGUCGCCAUGCCUCAGUCAUGAAAAUACUACUCGACCGUGCCGAUGCAGCACUAAAGCUCCGCCGCGAGAAGCUAAAGCAAAGCCAGUCUCGCGAGGAGGCAAACCGUAUCCUCCAGGCCGACGGUGGACUCGGAGGAUUGGUCGACGGAACGAAGGCUUUGUCACUCAGUGACAACGCUCAAGGUGACGAGUGGGAAGUUUUGCAACACGACGAGGAAGACCAAGUUGCGAUUCGGGUUGAUCAGUACCUGGUCGUGUUCCUCAAGUUCAUUGCCAGCGUUACGCCGGGUAUUGAGCAUGACUUUACGAUGGGUGUAUGA